AUGAUCCCUGCUUAUUACAAGAAUGGCCUCAGAUUUCUCAAUCACAUCAUCAUUUGUCUGCAAGAACUGCUGCAGCACCUAGGGCCUUCAUCUCAUUGGGACAUCUUACAGCUCAAAUAUGAGGCUUUUGGAAGGGAACUCUUGGUGCUCAGCAAAAUAAGGAAGGAGUUCAUUCAGGAGGUCCAGAAUGAAUUUAGGUUUCACCAGCCUGGAGUAAAGAAUAUGCAGUGGAUGUCACCUGUUUUGAACUCUUUUCUGGCCUACAUGUAUUACUGUGGAUCUGUAAAUCCUCAACACAAACCUCAUAUGAUGAAUGUGCACCUGGAUGAUCCUCAGACAUACAAUUGGCAUAGUUGGGCAAAUAAUCAAGAGAUUCCUGGAUUAUGGGGAAGACUUCCAGAGCAUCCUGCAGAAUACCAGACUGCCAUAUUUGAAGCCAUAAAUGCCAAGAUUGCACUGGAGCCUAACACGGAGUCUUCUGGGUCUUGCUCUGAAAUGUGGUGCAAAGGCAUCAUUAAUAUGAUGGUUCAGAUUAAACAGAAAAUCCAAGAUAGAAGUUCUGCAGAUAAGUCUGUACUGGAGGUGCUUGAAUCAUCUGUAGAUAUUGUUAAGAAUAAUGGAUGUGAGAAGCCAGUGAAGAAGGGAAGAGGCCGUCCAAAAGGAGUGCUCAAUAGCACUAUCAUGGAACUUCAAUCACUACCUAAAUCUCCUAUGAAACUCCGUAGCAAAAAUUCAGCUAGAUCAUCAUUUUUGUCACAAAAUGAUGAUGCAAUUUCAGAGAGAUCCCUUCCUGAAGUUGUUCAAGAGGACAUGAGAGAUGAUAUUUCAAGAACAGAGACUAUUCAAUCAGACAUGUCUUCAGCUUUCAAAAGAGCUGAAACUUUGAAUCAGAGGACACUCAAGUCAGAUCAACUAUCAUUGAAUCAGCAAACAGAUUUGAGGGCAGCAUCUAACUCUUCAAAGACAAGACCUAUAGAGAAUGAUGUACCUGCUCUGGAUCUAUCCAAAUUAUUCUGCAAAAAGUUCCAUCCAAAAUUUGGAAAAUCAUUAUUACUAUCAACACCUUGGGAUUAUUCUUUAGAUACCUGCAUGGUACCCAAUAAAGAGUCAGAAUCUUCAUUAUAUGAUGAGGUCAUAGACCAAGCUAUGGACAUCAACGUCAUAUUUCAAAACACCUCAACAUCUAAUUCUAGGGAUAUCUCUUUAGAGAUAUCAGAGGAUGUUAUAUUUUCUUCACCAAUAGUCAGUCUAAACUGUUCAGAAGAAUUUGAUCAAACUACAUCUGUUUCACCUGUUUCUUCAUCUUUAUCUAAAGAUGAUUUACCGAUACAAGUUGACUCUUCUCUUUCCUUGCCUGUGAUGGAGGAUAAGGAAUCACUCUUUAUUCCUUCUUCAUCUUUGUCUAGCCAGGAAGAAUCUGCUCAAACAUCAUUGAUCACCAGCAAAACAUCCAAGGGCACUCUAAUUUUCACCAAAAGCCUUGAUGAGAAAUUUGUCUAUGAUUCAGUCACCUUUGUACCCAAUGCACUCAAAUCCCAAGGCAAAACAAAAGCAAAAAGCAAAGGAAAAGGAAAAUCCAAGGAUCUGUCUGAAUUUAUCCAGUCUUCUCAAAGGAAUCAUGAAAUACCACCAAAGUCUAUAUCUCAGAUUCAGACCAGAAAAGAGAAGGAAAAGAGAAAGAUGGUGAUCUCAGAUGAAUCAUCCACAGCUGAUCCUAGUCCUAGCAUCAAGUCUAUGACCACCUUGACACUGCCUGCAAACAUAUCAAAGUCAGAUGAACUACAAAACAAUAUCAAGCAGCAAAUUAGGAAGGCAAUGACAGCCAAGGAUGUCCAAAAGCAAAUCAAGACUGAUAUGGAUAUCAUAGUCCGAUAUGUCUACUGGAUGAAAACCCAGAAAGAUACAGUCAAGCUUUCUAAAGAACCUAAAAUUGGGUUCAAAUGCUGGCAAAAAGUGCAGUCUGUCAGAAUCAGGGUAUCAGCAGAAGGCUAA